AUGCCAUUCGCACCCAAAACACACGCCUCGCUCUUCCCGGCCUCUCGCCGACGCCCCUCGUUCGCACCGGACGAACAGAGCGAGGUCCUCUCCUCCGACUACUCGCCGCACUCGACCUUUCCCGGCAUGCAACCGUCGGCGUCGACAUCGUGGAUCAACCCGUUCGGUCGGCCCUCUUUCAGCAUCGAUGACGAUCGAGAUGCCUACGUCGCCCCCUCGUCCCCACCUAGCUCGCGUCGUCCUUCCGCAGCAACGAUCAUCUCGACCCUCCUGCACAAGAGCGUCGGUCAGAACAGCAAUGCGAGCUGCUCGACGGUUCGCCUGGACGACAGUAGCGAUGAGCUUCCGGCGAGUGUGGGACGGAGGCCGUCGGCGAUCUUCAAGGCGUGGAAGGCACGACGGGGGAGUUCUUCCGCCCAACCGCAAGUUCCACCGCCAAGUUCGAUGGGCUAUGCGCAGGGUCGGCGCAAAUCCUCGGCGUUGACAAGGGUGCUUCAGCCGUCCAACUUGCGAAACGGCGCGGGUCGGGUCGAUGAACACUCGCUCUCCUCGGGCGAUACCGCCUCUGGCCGAAGGAGGAGUCUUAGCAUUGUCUGUCGUGGAGAGCGCGAUUCGAUCGAGCUACCGGAGGAGGGAGUGAGGGAAGGGGAGGUAACCGCAGCCAUGGCCAUUCGGGAUACGUGGUUGGUUUCCGAACGAAAAGGAAGCGUUUCUACGCUCGCCACUUCCCCCUCGUCCUCGUUUGCUCCGCGAAAGAGCAUCAGCGCCAUGGGUCUCGACACGGAGGAUCAGCUCAGCCAGCAUCUGUCCUUGCAAGAACGACUUCGACAGAUCCGAGAGAAACGUCUGCCGGAAGAGGCGGACGAUACGGAAUCGGUAGUGUCGUUGUCGUUGACCGAGGAGAUCGCGCUGUAUACGACCGACGUGCAGACGGUGGAGGCGAAUGCGGGGCGAGCGAGACGAAGUGUGGGAAACGCCGAGAUGGCAGGGAGUCCGUUUGUGUGGAAUCUGCCCGAUUGGGGGAAUGGGAGAUUGGAGAGGUUGCCAGAGCUGUCUCCUGCACCGGAGCUCGUCAUUGCCGAUCCGUUCGCACGCAGUCGACGCGGCACGGCGAUCUCGAUGCAACGUGGAGAGAGUGGCAUGUUGGAUCCGGUGCUUUCCCCUGUGCCGGCGUAUUCGCCGACGGUGAUCAGCAGUGAGGAUGCCUCGUUGGGCCAUGGAGAGGGGGUGCAGUGGAGCACCGCUUCGCCCUUCGGCGCUCCCCGACCGUCGUUGGCCCAGACAAGCUCGUGGUAUUCUGCAGAGGAUCAUUCGCCCACCUCGCCCGGAUUCCCUCCGGCAAGUCCGCUACCACCUUCGCCGGUAUCGCCCCUGCCGGUGGAGAGCCUGCGCAGCCGCACGGCGGAAAUGCGUGCUUCCCUCCGACCCACCUCCACUGCGCGAUCCCCGCAUUCCCCGAGGAGUUUUGGCAUCAGCGAAACGUCCUACGAGAUGCGUGCCACGUCAAGACUGUCCUACUCCCACCCACGGCCUCCGGUGGAUUACGAGAGCGAGAAUGGCAGUCAGUACAGUGCGACCCCACGUCUAGUGGGUGCCGACUGGGGUGGAUCGCCCAUGAGCAGUCUGUUCGAAUGUCAAACACCCCACCAGGCCAUGUUCGACGUCACCGAGGCCAAGGAGGAGGACGGAGAAGAUUUGCACGAGCAAUUCUGCAGUGUGUUGUUGUUGGAUCUUGGAGAUGGACGAACGGUGGGUUUGGGUGGCGAGAGAGGGUUGAUGGCUUGCUAG